AUGCGUGUCCUCGUGCAGCGGCGGAACCUUGGACGGGAAGAGGCUCCGCGUCGCAAGCGUCAGCGGCGGCUGACGCAUGAAGAUGACCUUCCUACGGCCAAGCGGCGUACGGUCACUGCGGGCGCCGAGUACGAGGCGAGCGCAGAUGACGGGCUGGCUGCUGUCAGAGCAGCCCUUGACGACGCGCUCUGCCACCUGUUAGGGCGACGGCCGACGGCGGAUGAUAGAUUGUUCCACUUCGAUGGAGACUCGCUAAAGGCCACCAUCGAGCUACCCACCCUGUCGCCACCUCGGCACUUGGACUGCCUGGCAGCGGUGGAGCCGGUUGAUGGGCAGGAGCUCUCCUACAGCGACCUCUCCAGGGAGGAGAAAGUCUCCUUCCAGAAGUCCGUGGAGCAAAAGAUUUCGCACCUGAUGCUGAAG